AUGGCUGCAGACAGCGCCCAGAAGUUUCAUGGCUUAGCAGGCAAGACUGCUGUAAUUACAGGAGGUGAGCAAAGCUUCAGAGGCAUCUUGCAAACUAUUGAUAGAUCUUUCGUCACAGGAGCAAGCGGUAUCGGUGAAGCCUACGUUCGGGCGCUCGUGGAUUCAGGGGUGCAUGUUUGCUUCGGAGAUAAAGAUAUCGCAGCUGGCGCCCGAUUAGCGUCAGGACUACCCACGACGCGAUUCGUGUCUUGCGAUGUUUCGAAAUGGGAGGAUCAGGUUCAUCUCUUUGAAGAAGCAGCCAAGUUCUCCCCGAGCAAAAAGGUCCACUACGUAGUGGCCAAUGCAGGUAUUGCGCCAAAAGACGAUGUCUUUGCAUUUGAAGGUCCCGAAGGUCCUCCGAAGAAGCCCGAUUUGAAAACUAUCGACGUAAACCUGGUUGGCGGGCUAUACACGGUCAAGCUUGCCAUGCACUAUUUCAUACAGCAGAACGGCAUUGAAAAGCGGCCUGACCAGGAAGACACGUGUUUGGUGCUCAUCGGAUCUGGGGCCGCCUUCUUGGACAUUCCGCGUGGACCUUCGUACCCAGCGACCAAAUGGGCGUUGCGCGGCGUCAUGCAUUCCCUUCGACGUACUGCUUUCUACCAUGGCAGCCGCGUCAACAUGAUAUCUCCAUGGUAUGUAAGAACCGGCAUAUUGUCAAGAGAUCAGUUCGACCAGGUGGAAAAGUCCGGUGUCACCCUGGCUGAAGCCUCUGAUGCAGCACGCGCACUGCUACACAUUCUGCAGGACAAUGGAAUCAACGGGCGGUCAUUUUUCAUUGCGCCUAAGAAAUGGGCACCGCAAGGUUACAUUGAUCUCGACAUUGACGAUUAUUCCGGCAACAAGUUGCUGCAAGAGAUCCAAGCAGAGCAGAUUGCGCCGGCGCCCGUAGAAUUGGGACUCUUCCGUGUCUGA